AUGUCUGAUUUUCUUAAACAAUUCAAGAAGUUGGCGUUGGCUGAUGCUAAUUCGGCUCUGGAAUCAUUGUUUCCUGAAUUGAACAAGGAAGAAAAGGCCUUGGGUGUUCAAUACGAAAUUGCUUCCACAAGAGUCAAUGAACCUGAAAGUUUAAUUCAAUUGAACAACGCUUUGAGAUCUCAAACUUUUAUCACUGGUAACAAGCCUUCUAAGUCAGAUAUUGUGGUUUUUGCUAAUGUGUUUUCCGUUGCAUCAAAAUGGACUUCUCUUGAAGAUUUGUCUGCUUUCAGACACAUUUUGAGAUGGGCCGAUUUGGUACAAAACACUUUAGUUGAUGUUCCUGAAAAGAUUGCCAUUAAAUACGACGCUGACAUUGCCAGAGAAAUAAAAGAAAAGAAGAAGCCCGCUGAUAAGGCUGCUGCUGCUACUGCUGCUCCAGCUGCUGCUUCAAAGAAGGAAGAUAAGAAGGUUGAACAAAGCAAGUCCACUGGCGGUGAACAACCUCAAAGAAAGGAAUUGACUGAAGAAGAAAAGAAGGCUCGUGCUGAAGCUCAAAAGGCUAAGAAAGCCGCUAAGGCUAAGGCUAAUGCUGAAAAGGCAGCUAAAGAAAAGGCAACUGCUGCUACUGCUGCUAUUCCUAGCCCUGCAAUGGUUGACUUCAGAGUUGGUUUCAUUCAAAAGGCUGUCAAGCAUCCAGACGCUGAUUCUUUGUAUAUGUCCACUAUUGAUAUGGGAGACGAAGAAGGUCCUCGUACAGUUUGUUCUGGUUUAGUUAAAUACAUUCCUAUUGAAGAAAUGCAAGAAAGAUACGUUGUUGUUAUUGCUAACUUGAAACCUGUUACCAUGAGAGGUGUUAAGUCCAUGGCCAUGGUUUUAUGUGCCUCCAACAAGGGUGACAAUGCUGUUGAAUUUGUCAACCCUCCGGCAGGUUCCAAGGCUGGUGAUAAGAUUUUCUUUGAAGGUUUUAAUGGUACUCCUGAGAAGCAAUUGAACCCAAAGAAAAAGAUUUGGGAAACAAUUCAACCAUUGUUCACUACCACCGAAAACUUUGAAGUUACCUACACUGAAGAAGGUAAGCCUCCUGCUAGAUUGGUUAACGAGAAGGGUGAAGUAUGUAAGAACUCCACUUUAGUUGGUGCUCUGGUUAACUAA